GUGCGUGGGUGUGUAUUAUGCAAAUACCACUGGUAUGAAUGUACAGUAAGGCAAUGGGAGCUGGAUAAGGAAGUUAUCAGGAUAAAAACCCCAUUGUGGUGGGGCAGCACCUGUAGUGUCUGCGUUCAUAUGUUGAUUCAACGGACUGGAGAGCAAGAAGACUCGUCUUGUUUCACUUCACUACUAGCACUGCUGCACUGCGCGGUUGGAAACUCCAAAAACUCUAUUGAUCUGUUCAGCUUUAUCCCUAAAGGAUCUACAACAGACUUCAGUCAGGUCCGGGGGGAUCCCAAACUUCUGGUGUGUGUCUGGGCCAUGUUACAUCAGAGCGCAGGAGCUGCAGCAUGAGUAUCACUUCCUCUUCCACCCUGGACAGCCAGCUGACCACAGUCUGGAGCCCAACUCAUUCUUAUCCUGAUGGGCCGUUGGUCAUGUCUGGAUAUCCAAGUCGCACGUGGCAACAUGAGUCUCAGCCUCAGUUCUGGAGCAAGUUUCAGGUGUGGGAGUGGCUGCAGCAGGUCAUGGACAUACACCAGAUCGAUGCCUCCAGCAUUCCCUUACAAAAUUUUGACAUGGAUGGCCAUCAGCUCUGCAGCCUGAGCUACCAAGAUUUCCUACGUGCAGCAGGCAGCGUGGGACCAAUCCUCUUCCACAGCAUCACCGAGCUCAAGUGGAGCGGCCAGUGCCAUGUGGAUAUUGGGCAGCUAGAACUGAAACCAGCAGCAGAUUUUUCGCCAUUUCCCGAUGUCAGUUAUCCAGCUGGAGAGAUCUAUGAACCCUCUGUUAACACACUUGCGCCUGAUGCCACUCCCGUCUCUUCUAGUCCUGACAUCAAACGUUCCUUUAGUCGAGGUCAUCAGGUCAAAAAACACAACCCAAGAGGGACCCAUUUAUGGGAAUUCAUCAGAGACAUUCUGCUGAAUCCAGAGCGAAACCCAGGGCUGAUUAAGUGGGAGGAUCGGACAGAGGGGGUUUUUCGCUUCCUCAAGUCAGAAGCAGUGGCACAGCUGUGGGGGAAAAAGAAAAAUAACAGCAGCAUGACCUACGAGAAGCUCAGUCGUGCUAUGAGAUACUAUUACAAAAGGGAAAUCCUAGAACGGGUAGAUGGGCGCAGGCUGGUUUACAAGUUCGGAAGAAAUGCAAGAGGAUGGAGGGAGACGGAGAAGUGACAAUUUCAUUAAUUUAUAUUUUCUAUGCCCACAUGCAUAAACAGGAUAUUUUAUUGUUAUUCAGCAUUUUUUAUAUCUAGAUGUGUUCAAACUGUUUACAAAAGUUUCAUUGCUUUUUCUUUCUCCGGCUUGUGUUGACUCUCUUCUGACAUUGUUUAUUUGUAAUCUUAUUACCAGUUAAAUAUGAGUUGCCUGUUUACAUAGAAUAUACCUGAAGAAAAAGGAUGGCAAACCUGCCUGACUGUUUUAUGAAAGAAGCAGACACUCUUUGGUCCCAAAGGAGCACAUGUUGAAGUCAAAGCACAUGUGGCAAACCCAUGUAUGUGUUUUUGGCACUGAUACUGUGAAGUGUCUUUUUGGGAUAGAUGUGGAUCACAAAUACAUUUUUCUAAGGAAAAAUGAUUUAUAUUUUAGGCUAGACUAAAAUUUGUUGUUUUCUGAUUUCAGACUUUGCAUUUUAAGCUGUAAAAAAAAUUUGUACUUUUCUUUUUUCUUUUUUUUUUUUACAUUUGUAACAAAUAAAGCUUUUGGUUGUUUUUAUUACAUGAAGCUUGUUUUUAACGGUUGAACAUAUCAAUGUAUGUGAAAGAGAUUUCCGUCAGGACUUGUGUUUUCAGGCUGCCAUGAAAGUUGCAGCAAUUCCUUUUAACUUGAACAAUGUUGACUGUCAGUGAGUUGCAGCUUCAAACCCCAGCUUUAAAUCUUGUUUGUACCAAAAGCUGUUCUGAGUUUGACUUUGAAGAGCCACGGGCUUUCAGAUAGGGCAGGUUGUUUCUGUUUUAUCCUGACAGUGAAAUGCCAGGCAGUUAAUUGCUUGUGGGUGUGUGCCUUAGCAGCAGAGCUGGUUCCUGUGGGCAGCCAACAAAAUGAUUGAGCCACGAUGGCCAACCAGAUAAAACUGGGUUGAUAAAAGCCUCCUUUCUUUAUUCUGUGUUCUCAAACAAAUUUACAGCUAAUCUUUGCUUUGAUUUAUCUGACCAUGCGACUCUUCUUUACAUAUUGUGGCAUUCAUGGACAAUGGAUUCUGACAUUAUCUUUUUCCAAAGCCAUUGUCACAUAUAAUCAUAGUGCAGGCCGAAGAAAACUGUCAUUUUGUUAAUUAGCAUUAAACCUCUAUAUAAGACAAGCCCUGAUGCAUUUUCUGAGCAAUAAAAAGAGAAUUUCUUUGCUGGAAAACAUGUUUGAUUAGAGAAAUACACCAUAAGGAGUCACUGAAUUAAAGAAAAUUGCUUCAGCACAGACAAUCGAAGCAGCAGCUGCUGAGGACUGGAUUGAAAUCAUAGUUACUGAUUAUCGUGUUGUCGCAGAACAUGAAGCAAAUGAGCGAUUCAGAUUCAAGUGCACAUGCAUCACAUUCAUAUUGUUUAGAGUUUUUGUCGUUAUAUAGAGCAGACAUGCUUUGUUUUUGAUGCUACACCAAACAGACGUGACAAAGCGGGUGCAGUGUGGUCUGCCGACUUCAUUUGCAUUUUUGGGAAACGAUAAAACGACCUUAAAAAGCACGGCAAAGACAGCACAACACGAUGCAGGAUUUACAAAAACAAAAGGACAAUGUUACAGUGCUGAUAGAUAAAGAAAACAGCUUGGGGCUUGUAAGAGAUCGCAUUUUAGCAGUAUGAAAAAACCAGGCUGCAUGGAAUCUCCUAGUGCAAUUAUUUUUAACAGUUACACUCAAGAGUGUAGAUCACACUUAUACAGGUAUCAGUAUCCUAAUCUAGAGAAUAAAAAACAUCAUCGUGAUUCCCGCCA